UUUGAUAACCUCUCACCGUCGCAGUGAAUGAAACCUCGCUCUCAACCCAGAAAAGUUAGGUCGGUAGGUCAUUGAUCCAUUUCUCAGUGGCACUGAGCAGCCCACUCGGAAAUGGAGGCGAUCGCUUCCAUUGUUCCAUUCUCCUUGUCGCCGGGGGUCGCUGAAAGAUGGCCUCACUGGUCCCGGGUGUACUCAUCAAGCUGCUCCAGCACACGAAUAGGGAUGCCAAGGUUGCCGGCGAACAUCGGUCUUCGCUCCUUCAGGUUGUGAGUAUUGUUCCUGCUCUUUCCGGAACAGAUUUCUUUACCAGCAAAGGCUUCUACCUCAAGGUCUCUGAUUCUACCCACGCAACAUAUGUUUCCCUGCCUGAUGAGCAAAAUGAACUCAUCUCGAGCGAUAAGAUCCAACUAGGCCAAUUCAUUCUUGUUGAUCGCAUCAAGGCAGGCUCCCCUGUGCCCAUUCUUAGGGGGGUGAGACUGCUCCGGGGCCGUCACCCUUGUAUCGGAAACCCUGAGGAUCUCAUUGCCACCAGUUCACUUGGUUUCCUUGAUCCAGAGAAACCAAAGCCAACCACUGAAUCAAAGUGUAAUCGUAAAGCAUCUUCAGAUAAUGAAAAGAGCAAGUUAGGAAACUAUAGGACAUCUGUUAAAACACAAGAAGCACAAAAGAAAAGGGCUUCCCUCAGUAGGUUGGAGGCAUCACUCCCUAAACAACUGGCUAGUUGUCAAUCGGAGAAGAAGGAUGCUUUCACUGUGAGGUCAAAACCAAUGAACUCAAGUCCACCUUUUUGCUCUUUGCCUACAUCAUUUAAAAAGUUCUCCGAUGAAAUUAAGAAUCAAGCACGAGCAAAAGGAGAACAAAAAUCAUCAUCAAGGUUUGGUCUCUUGGAAAAGGCAACCUCUGUUUUGAAAGUGAACACAGCUGGUAGGAAACCUUCUGCUGGGAACUUCUUAAGAAAUUUGGUGCCAACCAUUGGGCUAGGAUCCAAAGCACUACGAAAGAGUUGGGCAGGGAAUAUGGAGCCAAAGAGAAGGGAUAGUUCUACCUCGAAGACAACAAAUUUUGAUAGAAUAACUGAAACUAGACGUGCUUCUGUUCCUCUACAGAAGGUAUCAACAAAUAGGAAACUGGCAACUAAGGAGGACAUUAAGAUCCAAUGCCCUACAAAGAGGAGCGCUACAAAUACUAGAGCAGAUGAUUCAGAUAAAUCAUCUAAAAAGGACACUUCUAAGACAAAGAAGCCUUCAGAAACCGCAAACACUAUAAAUCUCUCAAACUUAGUCAAAGUUGUUCCUGCUAGUAAAAGAUGGUCAGAUGGCACUGUUUCAUGGGCAUCUCUUCCAUCAUCUCUAUCAGAACUAGGAAAGGUGCUCUUGAAGUAUAGAGAUGCUGCUAAACUAGCUGCCGUUGAGGCCUUACAAGAAGCUUCUGUUGCAGAGAGUUUGAUCCAGUGCUUAAGUAUGUAUGCAGAGCUCAGUACCUCUGCGAGGGGAGACAUCCCACAUCAGGCGGUGGAGCAGUUCCUCGGCCUUCACGCCUCCCUCUGUAGUGCCGCAAGCAUCGCUGAUGGCCUCACCAACAGAAGAUCCCAAGCAAUGGCGGUAGCAUCGCCGGAUCAGCCCACGGUCGGUGACUUGAUCCUGGACGAAGCAACAAAGGCCUUCGCCGAGAAUCGCCGCCGCGCCACCUCCUGGGUCGCUGCAACUCUCUCGACCGAACUCUCUGAUUUCACCCUCUACAGCCACAAGACCCCGACCACCGCCUCACCGGUAGCAGUGGUCCUCGAGCGUCCGUUGAAGACCGCCCCGGUGCCUCCCUUGAAAGCAUCCCUUCCGUCGAAAUGGCGCCUGUCUUCGGACUAUGCUUCUGUUCGCAGGGGAAAGGUCCGCGCCGCUGUGGCGGCGCUGCCUUCGCAGCCUCUGGAGUGGGAGCGCGGGGGAGGGCUCGUGGUGGAAGUGGAGAUUGCGCGCAAGCUUAGGGAGGAGGCGCGGGGGUGGUUCUUAGGGUUCGUAGAGCGGGUACUCGACGCUGAUGCGACCGCGCUGGAGCCUUCCAGAAGAAACCAGGUAACCGCGAUGCUCCCGCAGAUGAAGAAGGUGAACGAUUGGCUGGAGGCCUGCGGGAGCCGAAUUAUGUGUUUUCAGCAGGUGGGUCAAUUUUUGGGUACUUGUCUCUUUUCUCAGAUUCCUAUGAAGCAGCAUAAGGAUUGCAAUUUCUCAUAUGCUGGUCUGAAGACACAAGUUAGACUUGCUAUGGAGUCGAGAAAGAUUAGCCCAGGGAGUGAUCCUAUUUCAUUGACAAAUUCAGAGGGCAGAAGAUCACGAGCAGAUAUUGCUGCCUCUUUCCAGAGAGUUGCUGUAUUACAUCUGGAGGAGAGAUGUCAACGAGCAAUUGAAUGGGCAUUGAAGAUUGAGCCUUCUAUUAAGUAUCUGGUGGUUUCAGGAGGAGUUGCAUCAAAUAAGUAUGUCAGAGCUCGUCUGAACCAUGUUGUAGAGAAUAAUAACUUACAACUUGUUUGCCCUCCUCCAAGCCUAUGCACGGACAAUGGUGUGAUGAUUGCUUGGACUGGUAUAGAGCAUUUCCUUUCAGGAAGAUUUGAUCCUCCACCACCUGACAACGAGCCUGAAGAUGCCAUGUUUGAGUUGCGUCCGAGGUGGCCCUUAGGUGAAGAGUACUUGCAAGGAAAAAGUGAAGCCCGUUCCAUGAAGAAAGCGCGUAUGUAUCCAUCACUCACAUCAAUGAUUCAAGAUUCACUUCAGCAACAAUCGUAGUUUCGAGAGCUUUAAGCUGGGAACUGGUCGAGCAUACCCUACAUCCUGAUUGGUGGAGCACUGCGAUAAUCUCCACAAAUAGUUUGGAAACAAAGAAGUUAAAGGCGUAAUUAUAAAAAAUAAGAAUUAGUUUCAACGUUGGUGCAUAUAAAGAUUAAUUCACUGCAUCAUAUUCUGUUGCAAAUAGGUAUACGGCUGGUUCCGAAUGUAAACACUGCAAAAUCACAAUUUUGUAUUCAAUAUGUAAACACAUUUUGACAUCAAGACAUGAAAUAUUCAAUA